AUUAGACAAUCAUGGGAUUCAAAAACGAGUCUAUGUACCAUUGACUAAAUUGAGAAAACGAAAGGAGAUAUUAAAGAGUGAAGAGAAAAUGGUUGAGGCUAAUACAGAAACGACCGGUGUUCUGGACAAGGGGAAUAGUCCAACAUCAAAAUUUGAUGGAAAUAGUGGCCAGCAACUAGCGUGUGGAAUUACCGCGAGAUCAUCAGGAGUCUUCGAAAAUACGAAAAGAAUUCGUGCCUGCCAUGGGACGACCCUGUGGGAUGAGCGAGAUGAGUCUAAACAAAAAGGUUCAUUCAAAAAUACUUUCAUAUAUCCAGGUAAAUGCACCUUAGCCUAAUACUCGUAGUA